AGCAUUAGCCAAAACACAAUGACAACAUAGCAAAAGAGCAAAGAUGCAUUUUAGAAAACCAGGUACUAAGACAAGUGUUUUUCAGUUUUGUUUUGGUGAAGACAUUCUUGAGUCUACUAGCAAUUAUAAAUAUUUGGUUCUUUUUAUUGAUGAACAUAUGACCUUUCUAUACGGAACAUCAGCCCUGGCCGACUCAGGAAGUAGAGCACUUUGAGUUAGAGGAACAAACUCAGAUAUUGGCUAUGCUACAUAUUCCAAACGGUAUCAGAUAUGCAUGUGUCCUGUUCUGGACUAUUCAGCAGGAGUGUGAGGUAACAAGAGGUAUUUUUAAAACAAACAUGUCCAUAACAGAGCAGAACGUCACUUUUUAGGUGUCCACAAGUUUGCACCUAUACUUGCAAUAACUGGGGACAUGGGCUGGAAACCCUGUGAGGUGAGAUGAAGGCCUGUAUGACAAUAACUGGGGACAUGGGCUGGAAACCCUGUGAGGUGAGAUGGAAGGCCUGUAUGACAAUAACAGGGGACAUGGGCUGGAAACCCUGUGAGGUGAGAUGGAAGGCCUGUAUGACAAUAACAGGGGACAUGGGCUGGAAACCCUGUGAGGUGAGAUGGAAGGCCUGUAUGACAAUAACUGGGGACAUGGGCUGGAAACCCUGUGAGGUGAGAUGGAAGGCCUGUAUGACAAUAACAGGGGACAUGGGCUGGAAACCCUGUGAGGUGAGAUGGAAGGCCUGUAUGACAAUAACAGGGGACAUGGGCUGGAAACCCUGUGAGGUGAGAUGGAAGGCCUGUAUGACAAUAACAGGGGACAUGGGCUGGAAACCCUGUGAGGUGAGAUGGAAGGCCUGUAUGACAAUAACAGGGGACAUGGGCUGGAAACCCUGUGAGGUGAGAUGGAAGGCCUGUAUGACAAUAACAGGGGACAUGGGCUGGAAACCCUGUGAGGUGAGAUGGAAGGCCUGUAUGACAAUAACUGGGGACAUGGGCUGGAAACCCUGUGAGGUGAGAUGGAAGGCCUGUAUGACAAUAACAGGGGACAUGGGCUGGAAACCCUGUGAGGUGAGAUGGAAGGCCUGUAUGACAAUAACAGGGGACAUGGGCUGGAAACCCUGUGAGGUGAGAUGGAAGGCCUGUAUGACAAUAACAGGGGACAUGGGCUGGAAACCCUGUGAGGUGAGAUGGAAGGCCUGUAUGACAAUAACAGGGGACAUGGGCUGGAAACCCUGUGAGGUGAGAUGAAGGUGUGUAUGGUGAGACUUUGGAAGACUGUUGGAUAUGCCAACCGCCAGAAUAGCUAGUGGGAUCUAUCCAUAGGGGGAGCCUGGGCAACUGAAAUGGACAACCUUUUUCAACAGUCUGACUGAACAUCUAUACGAAAACCAAAUUAAGGGAGACAGAUGAUUAAAAAACAACUGCUGAUGCAAUAUGGAAAAAAUGGGUGGAGAAGAUUAAUUAUAAACCCAAAUUGAGAACCUUGUCUGAUUAAAGGUGCAUUUGUGUGUGAGUGAUAUCCAAGAUGGCGUAGCAGUAAGUCGCCCUGUCGUCCCUUGUAUAUAUCGCUUCUUUUUAGUUUUUUUUUUACAUAUUUUUCUUUGCAUACCUCUUUAAAAACAUUUUGCUAAACCUAAGCUUCCAAAUACUCUCCUGCAACCUGCCUCACCCAAUGUAGCUAUUUUUCCUAGAGUAUUUAUAUUUACUUCGGAACCGGAACCCCUCAACUGAAGCUAGCCAGCUAACCACCAGCUAUGCUGGCGGUCUUCAGCUAACCAGUCAUCAGCUAAACUUUAGCCCGGAAAGCUCUCGCCAGUUCGAACAACGCGACUCUAACCAGAGCACAACGGACCUAUUUAUUUUUCAUCCCCGGAUUCCCACCGCAAACGGAAAAUUUUUCAGAUGGAUCUUCACAACUAGCCAUCUAGCUAAACUGCAACCCCGGAUGAUUACCCCUGGCUAGCGUUUCCACCCACUUAGCCUGAAGCUAGCCCGGCCAGAGCACCUGUAGCAUACUCCUGGGCUACAAUACCCGGGCCCACGACCGGUCUGUCGACGUCACCGCAUGAAGAUUAAUAAACAGACUCACCCCAUCGCGACGUCCCCUAAAGGCUAACUCUAGCCCUCGCUAUCUCCCUGCUUGCUAAUUCGGCCUGCUAGCUUGUCUAGCUCCGGUCCGCUAACUGCUACCUUGUCUAGCCCGGGCCUACGAACUGUUAGCUUGUUAGCACAGGCCUGCUAACCGUCUGAAUCACCGCGUCCCAAACACUCGACCCAUUUACUUUCUAUCUCUUUUUGAUUUUUAAUUUGUUUAUACCUUCCGGAAACUUGCCUCACCCAAUGUGAUACGGAAUCGCUAUUAUAUUUUUAUUUUUUUAGAACACACUCAAGAACCUCCAGACGCUAACCAGCUAACUAGCUACAAGCUAUUUAGUCAUUAUUAGUCUUUUUAACCUGGAUAACACUCGCCAGUCCAGCUUCCCUGCCCAUCCACCGCUGCCCCCUGGACACUGAUCUCUUGGCUACAUAGCUGACGCACGCUGGACUGUCCAUUAAUCACGGUACUCCAUUCUGCUUGUUUGUUUUGUCGGCCCGUUGCCUAGUCAACGCCAUUUUACCUGCUGUUUGUUGUGCUAGCUGAUUAGCCUCGCCUACUGUUUUAGCUAGCUUUCCCAAUUAAACCUGUGAUUACUGUAUGCCUCGCUGUAUGUCUCUCUCAAAUGUCAAUAUGCCUUGUAUACUGUUGCUCAGGUUAGUUAUCAUUAUUUUAAUUCACAAUGGAGCCCCUAGUUCCACUCUUCAUACCCCUGUUACCUCCUUUGUCCCACCUCCCACACAUGCGGUGACCUCACCCAUUACAACCAGCACGUCCAGAGAUACAACCUCUCUCAUCAUCACCCAGUGCCUGGGCUUACCUCCACUGUACCCGCACCCCACCAUACCCAUGUCUGCGCAUUAUGCCCUGAAUAUAUUCUACCAUGCCCAGAAACCUGCUCCUCUUAUUCUCUGCCCCCAACGCUCUAGGCGACCAGUUUUGAUAGCCUUUAGCCGCACCCUCAUACUACUCCUUCUCUGCUCCGCGGGUGAUGUGGAGGUAAUCCCAGGGCCUGCAUGUCCCCAGGCACCCUCAUUUGUUGACUUCUGUGAUCGAAAAAGCCUUGGUUUCAUGCAUGUCAAUAUCAGAAGCCUCCUCCCUAAGUUUGUUUUACUCACUGCUUUAGCACACUCUGCUAACCCUGAUGUCCUUGCAGUGUCUGAAUCCUGGCUCAGGAAGGCCACCAAAAAUUCAGAGAUUUCCAUACCAAACUAUAACAUCUUCCGUCAAGAUAGAACUGCCAAAGGGGGAGGAGUUGCAGUCUACUGCAGAGAUAGCCUGCAAAGUGAUGUCAUACUUUCCAGAUCCAUACCCAAACAGUUCGAACUACUAAUUUUGAAAAUUACUCUCCAGAAAUAAGUCUCACUGUUGCCGCCUGCCACCGACCACCCUCAGCUCUCAGCUGUGCCCUGGACACCAUUUGUGAAUUGAUCGCCCCCCCAUCUAGCUUCAGAGUUUGUUCUGUUAGGUGACCUAAACUGGGAUAUGCUUAACACCCCGGCAGUCCUACAAUCUAAGCUAGAUGCCCUCAAUCUCACUCAAAUCAUCAAGGAACCCACCAGGUACAACCCUAACUCUGUAAACAAGGGCACCCUCAUAGACGUCAUCCUGACCAACUGGCCCUCCAAAUACACCUCCGCUGUCUUCAACCAGGAUCUCAGCGAUCACUGCCUCAUUGCCUGUAUCCGCCACGGAGCCGCAGUCAAACGACCACCCCUCAUCACUGUCAAACGCUCCCUAAAACACUUCUGUGAGCAGGCCUUUCUAAUCGACCUGGCCCGGGUAUCCUGGAAGGACAUUGACCUCAUCCAGUCAGUUGAGGAUGCCUGGUCAUUCUUUAAGAGUAACUUCCUCACCAUUUUAGAUAAGCAUGCUCCGUUCAAAAAAAUGCAGAACCAAGAACAGAUACAGCCCUUGGUUCACUCCAGACCUGACUGCCCUCGACCAGCACAAAAUCAUCCUGUGGCGGACUUGCAAUAGCAUCGAAUAGUCCCCGUGAUAUGCAACUGUUCAGGGAAGUCAGGAACCAAUACACACAGUCAGUCAGGAAAGCUAAGGCCAGCUUCUUCAGGCAGAAGUUUGCAUCCUGUAGCUCCAACUCCAAAAAGUUCUGGGACACUGAAGUCCAUGGAGAACAAGAGCACCUCCUCCCAGCUGCCCACUGCACUGAGGCUAGGUAACACGGUCUCCACCGAUAAAUCCAUGAUUAUCGAAAACUUCAAUAAGCAUUUCUCAACGGCUGGCCAUGCCUGGAUGGUUCCGACCUUGAAUAUGUGGACAUCUAUAAGUACCUAGGUGUCUGGCUAGACUGCAAACUCUCCUUCCAGACUCAUAUCAAACAUCUCCAAUCGAAAAUCAAAUCAAGAGUCGGCUUUCUAUUCCGCAACAAAGCCUCCUUCACUCACGCCACCAAGCUUACCCUAGUAAAACUGACUAUCCUACCGAUCCUCGACUUCGGCGAUGUCAUCUACAAAAUGGCUUCUAACACUACUCAGCAAACUGGAUGCAGUCUAUCACAGUGCCAUCCGUUUUGUCACUAAAGCACCUUAUACCACCCACCACUGCGACUUGUAUGCUCUAGUCGGCUGGCCCUCGCUACAUAUUCGUCGCCAGACCCACUGGCUCCAGGUCAUCUACAAGUCCAUGCUAGGUAAAGCUCCGCCUUAUCUCAGUUCACUGGUCACGAUGGCU